AUGAAUCUAUUGUCGCGCAUGACUUCGAGCAAGGCGUCUCCAGAGAAGGAGAACAGAGGGAGAGCGCCGACCGAACACGAUGCUGGGACAACAGAGCGGGUGCCCGAGGAUACCAAACCAUCACUGUUUCGCCGGCUGAGCAGGAAGACCAGCCGAUCGAGAGAGAGAGACGGCCACGCUCAGAAUGAGACGUCGAUUCCACAGCCGACCGAGGGGGUAAAGGUGCACCAUCAGCGAAAGGUAGCGCCUGCAGAUGUGGGCGAUAAAACCAUUUCAUCAAAAGUCGCUGAAGUCCCACCGGAGCUCGGUCACCAUGGCACCAAAGUGAAUCCGUCGCCUCAUGCAGACCACACUGAGGCUCCCCAUCCCAUCGACCCCGUUUCGCAAAACACAGCUGCCUCACUACGCAGGAAGAACGCCGAGAGGCUGCAGACCAAUGUUGAAGCAGACGGGCAGCCGAAAAGCAGUCGCCGACCUGCAGGCUUGACCAAGGAAGACGUCGAGCGUCUGUUCUCCGGGGCCCCUCAAUUUGUCCUCGAGAAGGGCCGGAGGGGCCGUUACUUCCCCCAGGCGUUUUUCCCAUGGAACAAUGAUCUCGAGAUAUCUGAUCUCCAGGACCGGAGAUAUAUCAAGCAUGAAAGCUUCGCCCUGGCCACGUUACACGCCCACUUACCCAUCCCCGAUGAAGUCAACUGGAAACCAGGAAUGGCGCCCCCCGUCAAGAAGGAGGGUCUUGAACUGGGAAAGCGGCCGAUGUUUGAACUCGGAAUCUUUGAGCGACCGAACAUGUUGGGCAUCGAAGGUCGGGAGCCGGGCACCGUGGGCAUGCGGUAUUUUCUCGAAAGGCCUGUUGCAGAUGGCCAGACAGACGAAAAGAUCAAAGAGCACGGUAAAGACGUGGAGAUUGAUCUGGCCCUCGCAAAUGCGCCCUCGGUGGAAGCCUUCAAGAUGCUGGCCCUCAGCAGAGAGAAUGAGGAAUUGAAUGCGAAAAUCGGCAAGCAUGCGCCUGCCCAGGAACGGACCAGACUGAUCAAAGAAGGUCCCCACGCGUGGAAAUCGGUAGGUGUCCGGGAUAUCAGCAUGGAGGCCUUGGCCGAGAGGAUGGAUCAGAUUGGCGAACUGCGCAAUCAAGUUCUCGACGCGGGCUGGCGAGUCACAGUCUUGAACCACAUUGACGCGGCCCAACUCUAUGCUCAUCUCUUCAGUGAGCUGCUCUAUCCACCCCAUCGGGUGCCGGCAGACGCCAAACACGGCAAGACAUCUCUGAAGAUCCAAAUCGAAGCGUUGGUCAAAGUCCUGACCACGCCUGGUGCAUGGCUCGAUCUGAGCGCUCCCGAGGCGCGCUUGCGGUUCGGGAAAAUCCUCCACAGCCGGACGACGCGACAUGACCAUGACACAGGCCUGCUGGUCAUCGACCCGGAGCGCAAGUGGUUGCUCAUCCAGCUUCUCCUGGCUGUAGAAUUGGUCAUUCGCCUCGACGCCGCUCUGAGAUUGGGUGUGGCACUCCAUGCCGAGCAUUUUGAGAUCAGCAGCGAGGAGAUCCACCAUUUCAAUAAACUGCGCAACCUCAAGGUCGAUUGGGAUCUUGUAACGGCCAGACGGUUCCUGUUUCUCUCCUACGUCAAGAGAAUCCGAGGGAGGGAUUCGGCUCCCGUAUCGCCAGUCCACACUUUGGAGCGGCCUCUGACUCUCAGGCAGAAGUCUUCGGCUGAUCACCACCAUGGCCUUUUCGGCGACCUCAGACACAAGAUGAGGCUGGAGAGGUCCGAGUCGGAACCACCCGUGGUGCUCGACGCCUGUGACGUGGCCAUCAUGGCUCGACAACCGGCUGUCAUGGUGGACGGGCUCUUUCGCUUCGCCACCAACAUUGGGUGGCCGCGAGGCGAAGAGCUUCACGACUCUCUGAAGCACAAGCUAUGCACGGCGUCCGUGGAAGAGAGGGAGAAGCUGCUCAUGGAUGCGAUCGUGUGUCCUGAUGACAACAUCGUCGCGACUCACCCUGUCAACUUAACCCCCUCGCUCCAAAGUUUCAACGUCGAUCUACACGCCGCGACGCCCUCCACCGUCGGCGGCUGGCUCUCACACAGCUGGCUCUCGGGCUUGAUCCUCCCGGGAACCUCGAUCUGCGAUAUUCUGAUGUCUACGCUGCUUGAGAACGAUCCGAACCCACGAACUCUCCAGGAUCUCGGCACCGCCAACAUACCGCUGCGAGGAUCGGGCUUCAUCCUCGACGGCUCCUCAUGGUGGUCCAAAUCCUGCAUCGUCGGGCGGGUCAUGGCCCCCAUGCAGGGCGCAAAGGAGUCCAUGGGCUGGAUCCACACGCCCAGAUUCGUGCCCUUGUAUGAAAAUACCCGCGAGCCCCUCAGCAACCGCUGGGUGAAGAUCAAAACUUUCCCCGUGCCCACAGAUCGCGACCGGCCUAGGAUAUUCGACGGUGACAGGCUGGCCGAGGAUUCGACUCCGCUGGGCAAGGGCAAAGGAGGGAUCAUGGGAACCGAGUUCAGUAUGGUAACGGACCAUGUAUUGCUUGACGCGGGCAUGCCCGAAGUCACUGUCAAGGAUAUCAAGGUCCAUUUAUCCAGCUCGGAUGCUACAAUGACAUCUGCAGAGCACCCGUUGUCGGCGUGGGCCCAGUUCGAUCUCGUCCUCGCACCACCGAUAACACCGCCAUCUCCAUCCUCCUCUCCACGAUCAGCAGACCCCCCAACCAUCGAGCCGUCACUGCUCCAGAUCCGCUACGGCCUGGAUCGUGCCGUGUAUUUUGUAACUUCCCACCCGUGCCGCCUGCCCCACGGCCACGCCACAUUCAAGCCGGGCUCUCUGGAUGCACAUUAUGAACAACAACACCCCAAGCAUAUCCGGGGCGUGGCGGAACACAUUCCUGCCCAUCCACUGCACAAGACGUAUGCAUACGUGACCAAGACACUGGCAGAGCUUGUCCAGAAUCCCGAGUUGGACCCCCCGAACCCGACGCGAACAGGCGAGGAAGGGGUCUGGGUCAUCGAUGCUCGCAGCCACGGUUGCUCGCCUUACAACUCCGAGACGUCCCUGGCAGGCGAGACGCCCACACCGCCGCCCACAUCAGCGACAGGGACAGAAGCCACCGCCGGCCGCGGCGCCGUCACGUCCCCUAAAGUCCACCUCGACUAUCUCCAGCACUACCUGCACGGGAGUAACGACCCGCAACUGUGGAAGAAGGACAUCCUCGUGCGGGCGUGGUGUGCCGAAAAGGGCCGCAACGCCAUCGUCGCCAGGGUCGGGCGCACGUGCUUGCCUUGUGCGAUCCGCGAGGCCAAAGCGCUCGAGAUCUCGGUCAUCAUCAGGGUCGGCAUCAAGGAGUGA